AUGAGUAAGGCAUGGAAGCACUCAGAUUUCUUGUGCAAGAAUUACAUUCUUAGCGGACUGGAAGAUGAUCUUUGCAACGUCUAUAGUAAUGCAGAAACUUCUAAAGAACUAUGGGAUGCGUUGGAAAAGAAGUAUAAAACUGAGGAUGGCGGUUCGAAGAAAUUUGUUGCAGCCAAAUUUUUGGACUACAAGAUGGUAGACAGCAAGCCUGUCAUUACCCAAGUUCAAGAGUUGCAAGUUAUUAUCCAUGAUCUCCUUACUGAAGGUUUGGUCAUCAAUGAGGCAUUACAAGUUGCAGCAAUGAUUGAGAAAUUGCCUCUUUUAUGGAGGGACUUUAAGAACUACUCGAAACACAUGCGCAAGGAGAUAAAACUUGAAGAUCUCAUUGUUCGAUUGAGGAUCAAAGAGGAAAAUAAAGCUGCAGAAAAGAAGACAUGUGGGAACUCAACAAUUAUGGGAGCAAAUAUUGUUGAGACUGUUCCAACUAAUCCGAAAAAAGGAAGAAGUCUUUUGGAUCAAACAACUAUCCUAGCAAGAAGAAAUUCAAGGGAAACUGCCACAACUGUGGAAAGAGAAGCAUUUGCUUCAUAUGCUCCCGCUGGACCCGACGAGACCACUUUUAUGGGAAAUUUUGCAACGACCAAAAUUGAAAGUUAUGGAAAAAUAUUCUUGAAGAUGAUGUCUGGCAAGGUGGUGACUCUGAACAAUAUUUGUCAUGUUCCUGAAAUAAGGAAGAACUUAGUUUCUAUUUCACUUCUCGUCAAGAACAAGUUUAAAU